AUGGAAGGACCGUGGCCGAGAGCAAUGGCGGCCUGGUGGUGGUGGAUGUCGCUGCUUCUUCUCGGCAUUGCCGGCUGCGGCGGCGUUCUUCAAGUCCAUGGCCAGGUGGAUAACUUAGGUUUCAUAAGCCUGGACUGCGGCCUGCCGGAGAAUGCCGCCGGCUACGUGGACAGCACCACCAAGCUGCGCUUCACCUCAGACGCCGGCUUUAUCAACGCGGGCACCAACCACAACAUGUCGUCCGAGUACAUCACGCCGUUGAUGGGCAAGAGCUGGCACAAUGUUCGUAGCUUCGGUGGCGGCGCUGGCGCGCGGAGCUGCUACACGCUCGGCCCCCUCGUGGCCGGGCUCAAGCACCUCGUCCGGGCCAAGUUCAUGUACGGCAAUUAUGACGGCCUCAACAAAGCGCCCGUCUUCGACCUCCACGUCGGCGUCAACUACUGGACGACCGUGAACAUCUCGAACGCCAACACGCCGGAAAUCUACGAGAUCAUCGCCGUCGUUCCUGGCGACUCGGCCGAGGUGUGCCUCGUGAACACGGGCUCCGGGACGCCCUUCAUCUCCGCCCUCGACCUAAGGCCCCUCGAGAACGGACUGUACCCGAUGUCGAACUCGACGCAGGGGCUGGUUCUUCUCACCAGAUCCAACUUCGGCCCAACCGACGGUGUAAUCCUCAGGUAUCCCGACGACCCGCACGACCGUUUUUGGAUCCCGCAGAGCAAGCCGACGGAAUGGUCAGAGAUCUCCACGGCGAAGAGAGUGCACAACAUGGAGGGCAGCAGCUUCGACGUGCCGUCGGCCGUGAUGCAGACCGCCGUCACCCCCAUCAACUCCUCCAGCCCCAUCCAGUUCACCUGGGACGCCGAGCCCAGCGCCAACGUCCCAGACCCCGGAUACAUCUGCAUCCUGCACUUCUCCGAGCUCCAACCUCUCCCGGUCAACGCCCUGCGCCAGUUCUACGUCACCCUCAACGGCCAGCUCUGGCUUGGGAAGGGCUUGACGCCGCAGUACCUCUACACCAACGCCGUCUUCAACGGCAUCCCCAGCCACGGGUCCCACCAGUACAACGUCUCGCUCAACGCCACUACUAACUCCACGGUCCCACCCAUCCUCAACGCCAUUGAGAUCUUCUCCGUGUUGCCCACGACUGGCAUAACCACGGCCACUCAGGACGUGUCUGCCAUGGCGGCGAUAAGAGGAAUGUACAAGGUGAAGAAGAACUGGAUGGGCGAUCCGUGCAUGCCCAAGAAUUUCGCGUGGAAAGGAUUAGGUUGUAGCUAUACUGUCUCCAGCCCACCAAUUGUCACAGGCCUGAAUCUAUCCUCCAGUGGCCUCAGUGGCAACCUGUCAUCUUCUUUUGCUGGUCUCAAAGGUUUACAAUACUUGGAUUUGUCACGCAAUAAUCUUACCGGCUCAAUUCCUGACACCCUUUCGCAAUUGUCGUCGCUCACGCUUAUAGAUUUGACAGACAAUCAGCUCAAUGGAUCAAUUCCUCCUGGGCUUGUGAAAAGAACUCAAGAUGGCUCCCUAACACUUAGAUAUGGCAACAAUCCAAACCUCUGCAGCAGCGGCAACUAUUGCCGGCCUCUAGAAAAGCAGAAAAAUUCUACUGACACCAGAUCACCCUCCGUUAUUAUCAUGGACUCGCCACUGUCCCAGACUGACAUCUAUUAUGGUAUUCCAAUGGUUGCAGUACUAGUGAUUCUGGUACUGUCAGUUGUAAUCCUUUGCAUCAAAAUGAGAAGGCAAGGAAGGACAAGUAACAAUAUCAAGCGGCAGAACGAGGCGAGUAUCACGCGAUCACACUCUCAGAACAACAAGGGGCACAUAUCGUUACGGUUCGAUAACCGUCGGUUCACGUAUAGUGAAUUAGUAGCUAUCACAAAUGGCUUCCAGCAAGUAAUUGGCCGAGGAGGGUUCGGAAAAGUCUAUCAAGGUUUGAUGGAGGAUGGCACGCAAGUGGCUGUCAAACUGCGGUCUGAAUCUUCAGAUCAAGGUGAACAAGAAUUCUUGGCAGAGGCACAAACCUUGGCUAAAAUUCAUCACAAGAAUCUUGUAUCCUUGAUUGGCUACUGCAAGGACAGGGAAUACAUGGCUCUUGUCUACGAGUACAUGGCUCAAGGAGCUCUAGACGAACAUCUUAAUGGGAAAGACAACAACCAAAGUAUUUUAACCUGGAGACAGAGACUUCGUAUUGCCCUGGAAUCUGCGCAAGGGCUUGAGUAUCUACACAAGGGAUGCAACCCGCCCCUCAUUCACAGGGAUGUGAAAACGUCCAACAUCCUGUUAAAUGCAAACCUGGAGGCUAAAAUUGCUGAUUUUGGCCUGCUCAAGGCUUUCAAUAGCAACAGUGAUACACAUGUCUCCAGUGCAAGGGUGGUUGGUACACUUGGUUACCUUGACCCUGAGUACCAAGCUACGUUUCAGUUGACCAACAAGAGUGACGUAUUUAGCUUUGGCGUAGUGCUACUGGAGAUAAUCACAGGGCAACGACACAUCUUGAAGGAUCCCGAACCAACGAGUAUUGUUCAGUGGGUGCGGCAGCGCCUCGCAUGUGGAAGCAUCGAGGGUGUGGUGGACACGCGCAUGCAUGGCGAUCACAACGUCAAUAGUGUGUGGAAAAUUGCAGACACCGCGCUCAAGUGCACUGCUCACAACCCUAUGCAGCGGCCCACGAUGACUGACGUGGUAGCAGUGCUGCAAGACUGCCUUGAGAUCGAGGUUGCACACAACGAUGUGAACGCAGGGAUUUACUUGGCUGGGAGCGGGGGCGACAUGAACGGCUAUGGUCGGUACGACAUUGACACGUCUAGUGGUGUGAGCUAG